UUUGUUGUUUCUGGAUAAUCAUAAGUAUCAGUACAGUGUACUGUCUGACUAUUUGGUAGUUUAUUGUGUUAUUCCGUACGUUUGGUCUAUGGUUAUUGUUAUUGGUUGGUGAUAAAUAAACAUAACAGCUGUUACAAGUAGUUAAAUAAAAAAGAAAAAAAUAUGCGUAUCAUAAAAAAUAACAAUAUUAAAGUCAGUUCUGUAUGGUAUUGCAACAAAAUGAUUUUUUGCAUUAUUCAGAAAUAAUCGACGGUUAAAUUAGCACCAAGUUACAAUGCAAUUGUGAACAUUGUUAAAAAUCGGAUACUGUGAUUAAUUUAAAUUAUGGAGAUUAACAAAGAUGAUCAAAACUUGAAUCAAAUUUUGUUAGAAGAAACGUUUUAUGUGUUAACAAAGAAACAUUGUGUAUUUAAAGUUCGUUUAACAAGACAGGGUUUGCAUCUAAUCAAAGAGAGUGAAGAAAACCGUAAAGAGCAAGUUAUUCCAAUUAAAGAUGUAGUAGGUUGUCGGUGUCUUCGCAGUAAAAAGCAAUCAAAAAAAUGCGUUUGUCGUAUUUCCCGAUCACGAAGUUUGGAGGUAGUAGAAGAAACUUCUGGAGAUCUAGAUGUAAACGACACUAGUGCCUACCUCUACAUUUACGCCUAUCUAUUUCAAAAUACCAAAUCAUCUAGCAGAAAAAGAGAAAGAACCAUUAUUACUCUAAGGUUUAGAUCUUUUGAUAAAUUUGAGGAUAACAACAGAGAGGCUCAAAGGUGGAGGACAAUCAUUAAAAAAUUAAUCAAAGGUGAAAGUGUACCAAAUUCCAGUAUUAUGGAAUUCACUAAUAGUCAUAAACUCAAAGAAAACCGAAAACUACUUGUUAUAUGUAAUCCAAAAAGUGGAGCUGGAAAGGCUAAAGAUUUAUUUCAACAAAAAGUGUUUCCAGUAUUACAAGAAGCUGAGAUUCCAUUUGAUUUGUACUUAACAAAACAUGCUAAUUAUGCUAGGGAAUUCAUGAGGACAAACAAUUUGUUCCAAUGGACUGGCAUAGUGGCAGUAGGAGGUGAUGGAAUCGUUUUUGAAGUGUUAAACGGUAUUUUCGAACGCUGUGAUUGGUCUGACGUGAUGGAAUCAAUUCCGAUCGGUAUAGUACCCGGUGGUUCAGGUAACGGCCUUGCCAGAAGCAUAGCUCAUUAUUAUUCGGAACCAUAUCUACCUACUCCUAUUUUACCGGCAGUUUUAGCAAUAGUGAGAAAUCAUACAGAGUGUAUGGAUUUAGUGAGAGUGGAAACUACUUGUCAAAUUAUAUUUUCCUUUUUAUCCGUUGGAUGGGGACUGUUGUCCGACAUCGAUAUCGAAAGUGAAAAGUUGAGGAUAUUGGGUGGGCAAAGGUUCACAAUAUGGUCUCUAGCCCGUUUGAUUGGCCUACGUAGUUAUGGCGGAAAAUUAUGGUACUUACCUUCAGAUGUUCCAGUAGUGGAUAAAAACGACGAUUUAGUAUUUGCUAGUACUUUAGGCAGCAAUAUUGAUAUUCCAAACGAAGUUAAUUUAGAAACAAAAACAGGCAGAGGACGGGUCGGUUCUUGGUACAGUGCAAAUUCAAGACGAAGUGAAUAUUUUUCAGCUACUGGUAGCUCUUAUCAAUCGACGACAGAUAGUAUGGAUGCUACAUCACACAAUACUUCUGAAAGACCACGUAUGUACGGUCCAGCUUCCCAGAUACCAGGAGUAUUAGCCCCUCUACCAACGUCAUGGAAAUGUAUUUCAGGGAGAUUUGUCUUGGUACAUGCUUCGAAUCAAAGCCAUCUGGGAGAGGACUGUUUGUUUGCUCCAGAAGCUACGUUGAAUGACGGAAGAAUAUGGCUGCUAAUAGUUCAAGCAGGAGCUACCAGAUCUCAGCUUCUUCACUUUUUACUUGGUCUCAGUACUGGAGCUCAUGCUACAAAAAAAUCACAAGACGGUCUCGUUCAGCUCAUUCCAGUUAACGCUUUUAGGAUAGAACCAGAUAUGUCCGAGGAAGGUUAUAUAACAGUAGAUGGCGAGCUAGUCGAAUAUGGUCCUGUACAAGCAGAGAUAUUCCCUUCUUUAUGUAAAGUUAUGGUUCCUUGAUCCGACUUAUGCAUUAGUAGUAGUAGUAGUAGUAUGAGUAACGUUAAAUUUAAGAAAAAAUCCAAGGUUGUGAUUCUAUCGUCAUUUGAGCCUCUGUUGAUUAGACUGGAUAGUUUUUAAUUUUUACUCUGUUUUGUUGACGUGUUUGUUAAAGUUUAUGAAGUUUUAUAUCUCUUUUAUAGGUUAGAAAAGGUGGUAUAACAUACCAAGUACACUCAAAUUUUAAAUCACAUUUUACUUUGCUAAUGUUUGAGUCCUUUUCUCUACAAUAUUAUGAUUUUUCUAUACAUUUUAUCAUGAGUCAUAUUUGUUGAAUAUCUUCUGUUUUUUUAUUAAAUUCUUUGCCUAUUGUUGUACCAUUACUUCAAUUCAUCAGAUAUUAUUAUUUUUAAGGCCAUAAAUUAAAUUAGAAUUUCUGAAACCAUUAGUGAUAUUUAUACUGAACACAAUGUUUAACUUACACUGUACCUCCAGUCUCUGAAGACGAUAACUUGGUUAUCGAAACGCGCGUUAGACACUGUAAUUGUGAGUGUUGGUGUAGAGGAAAUGUCAACAGUCUAACUAUUGAAAACAUGUUAUGAAACUAUUUUCUUGAUUCGAGGAACAGAUUCAAGGAACCUAAUUCAAAACUCUGUUUCAAUUACUGCUGAUUGUUUGAAAUAAUUUUUUUUUUAUCAAAGUUUCUAAUUUUCUGAAAAUUACUCUCAGUAUUAAGAAAAAUAAUUCUAGAAUUCUACAUUUCAUCUUAUUAUAAAAACUAUGAAAUUUCUUCAAUAUCUUGUUUUUAGACCUCUUUUAUAUGACGUUUUUCAUAAAUUAUCUUGAUUUUAGGUCACUAUCAAUUGAAAUUUGGUUUAAAAGCAUAAAAUAUUGACAUUUCAACUAUUUUCAGUGUUUGUCAAAAUAUGAUUUGGAUGGAUAUGGAUGUUUAGAAUAUUUCUUUUAAUAAUUUAAUUUCUGAUGAAUUGUAAAAUAAUUUGUAUUAUAAUUUAUAAUAGAUUGUAUACAUUGUUGAAAAAAAGGAGAUUAUUACGUAAUAAUAAAUAUCUAUAUAAUAGGAUAAUCUAAUUAUCAAUUGAUUAUUAAUUAUUGUUAUUAGAAAAUUAGAAAGUUUUAAAAGCUGCACUAAAAAUAUAUUGAAGUUAAAGUAAAAGAUAUAAAGAUACUUGUUAAGUUUAUAUCUUUUUGUGAUGUAAAUGACAAUUAUCUUCCUCGUUUAGCAGCCUAGGCAACUUCUCUUAUGGCCGAUCGACUCUGGCACGCGAAUCGCGAAUAAGAUUGCAAACAGUCUACACUCACAGUAAAGUUCGCGCUCUUGACGCGUAUGCACAACGUAAUUUUCUCAAUCAAAGUUUAUUUGUAAUAGAUAUGGACGUGAAAACACGACAGCGGGUGCUUGACUACUUUGUGCUUUGCAAAAUCGUCGUAUCGAAAACACAACCGUCCGUGGCAACUGCUACUAAGCGACUGAGCCAACUGCGAUUGUAGAGUCAAAGUCACAUAUAUAUAUAUAUAUAUAUAUAUAUAUAUAUAUAUAUAUAUAUAUAUAUACCUGUGCUGUGGUGAGGUAUUCGUGUUCUCCUGCGCGCCUUUAUAGCAGGAAAAAAACCGCCAAUUUUCGGGGAACGAGCAGCGAAGCCGCGAAGAAUAUGCUAAUCGAAUCCACACUCAAGCUUCGGGCCUUCCCACGCGAGUAUGGAUGCGGUUUUAGUCCAGAAGUAUUUCCUAUAUUUUGCGAAUCGAAUCGAAAUUUGACAUUUUCAAUUCUAUUUUUCCAGUUUUUCCAUGCAAUUCGCAAAACUCGUUUUCAUAUCAAAUCUGACGAUUGUUGGUUCAAGAUUAGGAAUUAAAAUUUUGGAUAAGUAACAAAGUUAAUACGAAGAAUAUGAUCGAUCAACAUUGGUCGAAGAUAUAUUACAGUUAAAAUUAAUUUCAAACUUUUAUCACUUGAUAGUUUCUUUUUGUGACUUACAACACUAUUUGAACGGAGGUACGAUAUUUGUCCAAUCAAUUCAUACAGAAUAGUAGUUACAGAGUUACAUUUCUUGAUGGCCCAUUCAGAAUAUUUUAUAGCUUGUUUUGCGGUAUAAUUGAAAAUUAUGUUUUUUUUUCUGCAAUUAUCAAUAAUAAAAAGUGUCUGUUGUCAUUUAGUUUAGAAGUCAAUUGUUAAUGACUUAUAAACUAACAAGUCUUUUAGAAUUUGCAGGAUGUGAAAAUUCAUUUUACAGUCUCUGAUAAAAGAAGAAACAAGAGCUAAAAAACUACUUCUGCUCAUAAAAUACUAAGGGACUAGACGGACACGGGACACCUAAUGUCUUUUUGAAAAGGAAUCCGUAUGUUGAUAAAAUAAAUUUUAAUAAAUAACUGCAUGCUCCAAUUAAUAUAUAAGGGUAACAUGGGAGAGCUAAAACAAAUAUUUCAGCUUGUUUUUCUUCACAAAAGUCGCUAUAUAGAAAGCAGUUAUCAGAUCGAAGUCUGUGCAGUCUUCACUCUCCCGUUCUUUAAAGCUCAAACAUUGUAUUAAAUCGAAAGCAAACUUGACAAAGCUUUUUAUAUAAAUAUCGUCUUGUUCAUAUAUUUGACAUAAGCAUGGUUUCCAGUUUUACAUUUCGAUUUUAUUUAUAAACCAUUAUUUGAAGCUACUACUCUACUAUGUAGAGUGGUUUUAGCUACAUUAAAUCUUUCGUUAGCAUUCGCGAGGUUCUUUAGUAAUAUAUUUUAUUAAAUUUUUUUUUGUCCAAUGACCACGAUUAGUUGUGCUUUCUUUGAUGUCCUGUACUCAAAAUAUAAAACAUUGAUGUCUCAGGGUAUCCAAAUUCUGAAUUGCAAAAAAUCGUAGAGUCAGCUUCAACUCAAAAUACUUUCGAAUUUAUAAUAAGAGCAGAUUUUAUAAGACGCAGAAACGUAUUAGUUUACCUACGCAGCUACAGAUAUACUUCAAAAAAUUAUAUUAAAGUAACAAAUUCGUAAUAAAAUACAAUUGUAAACCCACAUACUUCCCAUCACAAGUUUACUAUAAGUAAUAAAAAUGUGAAAUAUUGUACUUUAUUGUAUUGUCCUGUGGUACAGGAUUCACCUAUUACUAAGUGGACAAAAUAAUUAGACUGAACUGAAGUUUGUAUUAUACAAUCAAAAUUUGCGUAUUUUUUCUUGUAAAUCUAAUCUGGACGUAGAUCUUCCAAUAUUCAAUAUAUUAUAAUAGUCUAGUGAAUUACCAAUAUAGUACUUUCUAAAUUUUAGCUCAAAGUCUAGCAAACAACUAACUGUAACAACAUCACAAUGAUAUUCUCUUUGUCUCUACACAAAUCAACUCUUUCAUUUGUAUCAUUUAUACUAACUUUUUUAUUAUUACAGCUGUACCUAGAUGUGAACAUAAUUUCUUAGAACAACUAAUGAUUAUAUUCCCUCAUUCCUCUUUUAUUAAAUAGAAUCCCUAGUUUAUAGAGUAUCCACACUUCUUCCUUCCCUUUAGAAACUUUACCCUUUUUAAAAAUUUAGAUUUUGAAAACACAUUUGUACUUUAUUAUUCAGAGUACAUUUUUCAUUGAUAUUUUCAGUCAGUUUGUUGAGAUAUUUUCUUAUUUUGCAUAAAAUGAAUUAUCUAAAUGCAUUUAAAAACCUAUCUACCGAAAAUGUUGUAUUUCUAUAGUAAGAUUGUAAAAUGUCUAACAUUGAUAAAUACAGUAAGAUCCCGCUUAACGCUGUUUCGGUUUUAUUUCAACUCGGGGAUCCCCAAAAUUGUACGCAGCGCUAGGUUUCCAAAUAACAAAUCAGAAACAGUGUAUAUAGUUGGGUUGGUUACGUAGGUGCGGUACUGUACGGACGCAUUUUUAUCAUUGGAAACAUUUAUUGAUAUCAUUCUAAGUGUAUAAAUUUAUGUAAUACCACAACGAUUAAUACAGUGACAAAUAUUGAUUUUUAGUUUUUAUCACGGGUGAUAAAAAAAAAGAAAGCAACCAGAGAAAAAAUUUCAGUGGAAACUGAAAUGCAAGUGAUUCGAAGAUUCGUUAAGUCUCAAAUUAGUGCUGCACUGAAUUCGGUACCUUCAACAAUAAGGACAUUUGUUAAGAAUAAAGUCAUUGGAAACUGCAACUACGUCAAGCUCUGCAACUAUAUAGUCGAGUUUGGUUUAUUAGAUUUAUUUCUUUCAAGACACUUUUGUUUUUUAUGAGAAUUUCGUAAAAUUCAUCACAAUAAUGAUCGAAAUUCACUCGAACCAUCAAUAUUAAACUUACCAUUUCGAUCUGUAGUCGAAAUUUUUCAGAUGAUCUAAAUCUUUACCGAAUAUGUAAUAAGAAAUUAACAAGUAACAGUUAUUUUAUAAAACUUAAAUAAUUCAAAUUUCCGUAUUACUGGCUUUUCGUAAACCGACGGGACAAUCCCAAAAGCCUAAAACAUCGGGACUGUCCAGUUCAAAACGGGACGUAUAGCCAGCUUAACUAUAUCUGAAAUUAUGGACCAAUUUGUUGAUAUUUAUCCAAAGUUUUAAAGGAGUUCAAAUGCAAGGCAGGGUGUUAUAGAUGCUUUAUCCACUCAUCAAUAAUAACAGAAUGCAAAAGAAAAACGCAAACUACAUUAGAUGCCUUCUUGACAAAGAGGCGAAAAAUUGGAAACACAGAAUGAUCUCACACUUAGCAUUUUAUUUGUUUUUAUAAGUAUAUUCGUUUAUAUUCUUUUUAUUUUUGCGAGAAAUAUGUGUUUGUUUUUAUUAGAAAAAAAAAUUAUUAAAUUCAAUACCUAACCAAUUUUCUAUCCAUCUUCCCCUUACCCCAUUUUGGUCAAUGUACAUUUUCAACUCAUAAGCAAAUAAAUUAAUUCGUAUGUGUCAUGACGUUAUUUUAUUGACUAACUAAUGGAUUGCAUAAUAUUAUUAUUCUCUUUCUAUAACAUAUUGACUCAUUCUCAAUUAAAUUUAUCAAUUAUGUAAUUGUUUUCCAAUAAACUCCAGGAUACAAAAAUCGUUUUGGCCUUACUAGACUUUACAAUCUUACUGAUAAUUACUGUAGCAGUUAUACAUUUACUAUUGUUUUUUCUUGCCAAAAAUUAAUUUUUAACGAGAUUUAAUUGAAAAUAAAUAAAUUUAGCAUUUUUUUUAUAAAUUUACAAUAUUUUGUGAAAUCAAUUUUAUAGACGAAUUUCUAGAAAUAAAGUAUAUGCUUU